UUAGGAUUGGCAUGGUAUAGUUUUGUUCAUCUUGAAAAUGUUGGAAAUAAAGGGACUCAAUGUCCUAAAGAAGUGCAUACCCCAUAUUGCAGUUUGGAGAAGAUGGGAGCUCUUGACUGGGCCAAAGUUGUUCAUCAACACCAAUGGUGGCGCCUAUUCAGCUGUAUCUGGCUCCAUGCUGGCCUAAUUCACUUGAUUGUCAACAUGAUGAGCUUGCUAUUCAUAGGAAUCCGCCUUGAACAGCAAUUUGGCUUUGUCCGCAUUGGGAUCAUCUACCUGCUAUCUGGCUUUGGUGGAAGUGUGCUAUCUGCACUGUUCUUACGUAAUCACUACAUAUCUGUCGGUGCCUCUGGAGCUUUGUUUGGUCUACUUGGCUGUAUGCUCUCUGAGCUUAUUAUGAACUGGACCAUUUAUUCCAACAAGGCAGCAGCCAUCACAACUCUUCUGUUCAUAAUUGCAAUCAAUCUGGCGAUCGGGAUACUACCGCAUGCUGAUAAUUUUGCGCAUAUUGGUGGGUUCGUAUCCGGGUUCCUUUUCGGGUUUGUGCUGCUGGCAAGGCCUCAAUUUGGUUGGAUGGAACGGCAUGAGCUGCCCCAGACCGAUCAACCCCCAAAGUACAAGACGUACCAGUAUGUUCUGUGGGGCGCGGCACUGCUCUUGCUGCUGGUUGGGUAUGUGGUCGGCCUGGCGAUGCUCUUCAAGGGAAAGAACGGCAACGACGGCUGCCACUGGUGCCGGUACCUCAACUGCGUGCCCUCGUCCAGGUGGAAGUGCAGCACUUAGACAUGGUUCGGUUCCCCCCGUUCGGCGUUUCUCCGAAAUGCAUCAACUCCCGGAGAACCAUUUUUAUGCUUGUGUGUUUAUACAGAUACCAACAUCAGAGGCUUGUGCCUCGCAGAGCUGAAACCCUCCUUUAUCUUGCGUGACGAUGUAAUUUUACUUCGUGCCUGUUGGCCUCGGCAUGAUUCUGCGCCGACCGUACCUCCAGAUUUUUGUCAUGGUAUAUGCUGAAUUUUUUUGUUAAAAAAAAUCCUCGCAAGCAAUUCAUCAA